GGAUGGAUUACUGGUGAGUGGGUUUUAAAUGAUUUAUCAGCAACAGUGGGAGCUCAGCAUGGAUCAGGAGGGCAAGAUUGAGGCCACAGCACGCAACGAGGCCAGCGAGUCGAAUGCUUCCAAGACUCGCCAGAAGCGGUCCCUCAAGGCUCUGGAAGAGUACCGCGCUCGGCGAAUGGCCCGUCUCAAGCGGCGCGAGGAGCAAGACAAAGCAUUCCGUCUGCGCAUGGGAGUCAUCAAAGAGGCCGCGAAGGCACACUGCGCCCUUGAUCUCAUGAGCUUUGCAAUUUGGGAAAAGCAGACGGACGCCUGGAGAGCCUGGCGGAAGGAGGUAGAGGAAAAGGCGGGGAGGAUUUCACCGCGACCACCGUUGAUGGAGAUGGUGCUGGAAGACCAUGUCCAGAGUGAAGAUGAGAAGUACCGCUACGAAGAGGAUGGCCAUUGGUUUUGACUGGCCAUUUGAAACCGGAAGAGGAGAGGGGCUUUGUUGUCUGGCCGGAAGAU